AUGGGGAGCACCCUGGAGAGUCCUAGUAGCUCACGAGGAGACCUUCCUCAGAGCCCAAAGAGGCUAAUACCUCACAGUGAGUUCCAGGAGCACGCUGCAAGAUGUGUCAUCCAUGACCCCAUCUAUACUCCUCAUAAGUAUUAUAAGUCAGGUGACCUCAUAAUUGGUGGGGCUGUCUCUCAGAUGCUACUGUUUUUGGAUUCAUUUUCCUUCACUGAAUACCCUCCUUCUGCUGAUACUAGCAUUCCCAUUGUUGUGACAAAGAACUACCAGCAUGUCCUGGCCUUGGUGUUUGCUGUAAAUGAAAUUAAUGAAAAUCCCAAGAUUUUGCCUAAUGUUUCCUUGGGAUUCCACAUCCCUGAGAGCUACUUCAGCCAGAAGCGGAGUUAUCACAUAGCAGUGGAGCUUUUCUCCACACAGUACAAAUUUGUUCCCAAUUAUAGCUGUGAUGUCCAGAACAGCCUAAUAGGAGUCAUAGGAGGACUAGGCGCUGAAACCUCCCACCAUUUGGCUGCCAUCUUGGACAUCUACAAGUUUCCACAGUUCACCUAUGGUGAUUUUGUCCCCAUUCUGAGGGAUCACUCUCAUUCACUGUCCUUGUAUCGAAUGGCUCCAAAUGAAAUCCAUCAGUACAAGGGAAUUGUCCAGCUACUUCUGCAUUUCAAAUGGAUUUGGGUGGGUCUAAUGACCAUGGAUGAGGAAAAUGGAGAAUUAUUUUUGAGCAACCUACUACCAAUACUUUCUCAGAACAGCAUCUGUGCUGCCUUCACUGAGAAAAUUCCCUCAAAAGGAUUUUUUGGUGACAUCUUAAAUUUCCAAGGAAAGUGGGGAAAAAUAUUUGUAGAUGUUAUGAAAAGUAAAGCCAACACCAUUAUUCUCUAUGGAGAAGCUUUGACCAUGAUAACAUUGAGAGGACUGCUGCAUGAAGGAGAAGCUGAGUAUGGGAAAUCAUUUGGUAAAGUGUGGAUUAUGGUAGCCCAGAUGGACCUUGUAGCCAUAUCCAUGCACAAGGAUUGGGAUAUAGAAGCCUUCCAUGGUGCCUUAGCCUUCACAACCCACUCACAUGAGCUCCAUCCUAUUCUGAGGAGAAUCUCAUUUAAUAACAGUGCAGGAGAAACUGUGCAUUUGAAUGAGAAUGGAGAAUUGACAAUGGGGUUUGAUAUUACAAAUCUGAUUACUUUCCCCAAUAAGUCAUUUGUUAGAAUGAAAGUUGGAAGAAUGAAUCCUUGGGCUCCUCCUGGCAAAGAUUUGAGCAUUGAUGAAGAUGCCAUUGUGUGGCCUAGAAGUUUUAACCAGGUGAUGCCCCUUUCACUCUGUAAUGAUAACUGUCAACCUGGUUACCAAAAGAAGAAAAAGGAGGGGGAGCCAUUUUGCUGCUAUGAUUGUAUUCCAUGUCCAAAAGGGAAGAUUUCUCAUAAGAAAGAUGCAGAUUUUUGCACAAUGUGCCAAAAAGAUCAUUAUCCAAACAAAGUAAAGAAUCGCUGCAUUCCAAAGCUAAUAACCUUCUUGUCUUAUAAGGACCCUUUGGGGAUGCGUUUAGCCAUCUUUGCACUUAUAUUUUCCUUGAUCACUGCUCUAGUGCUAGGAGCCUUUAUAAUGCACCACGACACUCCUAUUGUCAAAGCCAACAACCGGAGCCUCACCUAUACUCUCCUAAUGUCCCUCCUGCUUUGCUUCCCUUGUGCUUUGCUGUUUAUUGGCCAUCCUGUGAAGGUGAUGUGUCUCUUCCGUCAAGUUGCAUUUGCCAUGGUCUUCUCAGUGGCUGUCUCUUCUGUGUUAGCAAAAACCAUUACGGUGGUUCUGGCUUUCAUGGCCACCAAGCCAGGAAGUAGCAUGAGGAAAUGGGUAGGGAAAAAUGUGGCCAACUCCAUUGUUCUUCUCUGCUCUCUUGUUCAAGGAAUUAUUUGUAUCGUAUGGCUGGCAAUUAAUCCUCCAUUUCCAGAUAUUGACAUGAAUUCAGUAACUGAAGAAAUUGUACUUGAAUGUAAUGAGGGGUCUGUGACUAUGUUCUACUGUGUCCUGGGUUACAUGGGCUUCCUGGCUAUUGUAAGCUUCUCUGUAGCUUUCCAGGCUAGAAAAUUACCUGACAGUUUCAACGAAGCCAAACUAAUCACUUUUAGCAUGCUUGUGUUUUGCAGUGUUUGGUUAUCCUUUUUUCCCACCUAUCUGAGCACCAAAGGAAAAUACAUGGUAGCUGUGGAAAUCUUCUCCAUCUUAGCCUCCAGUGCUGGGCUUCUGGGCUGCAUCUUCUUCCCUAAAUGCUACAUUAUUGUGCUGAGGCCAGAACUGAACAAAAGAGAUCUCCUAAUAAAGAGAAAUGUUCACUGA